AUGGAGUCUCAGUAUCUGAAGAGAUGCCUGGGAAGUUGCUUGAAAAAGGGACUGGCAGAGGUGGUAGAGCAUCGACCAGCAGAUCCAAUAGAGUAUUUGGCACAUUGGAUUUACAAUUACAGAAGAAUCUUAGAUGAAGAAAAAAAGAGAAUGUUGGAAAGGAUUGAGCUGGAACGAGAACGUAAGGCGGCCCUGGUAGAACUCGAAAUGUUUAAAAAACUUAAGGAAGAAGAGCUAAUGAUCCAGCAGCAACCUGAAGAAGAACAUCAGGCUCAGCUGGAACAAGAACGUAAGGAGUUGGAACUGCAGAAUGAAGAUGAAAUGGUGUUGCAGCAGAAAAAUCAAGAGGAAAAUGAAAAGACGACAGCUGAACUUACAGAUAGAGCUGGAGCACCUAGUUUGACCAGUUUUGCAGAACUAGAUGAGGCUGGACAGGUUGAGAGUACAACAGAUGACAUGUCAGAAUCGGAACAAGAAAGUUCCCAACUAGCCUGA